CGAGGAAAGCCGCUGCGCGAGGCACGGCGGGAAGAGAGGCGGGAGGCCGCGCGGGGCAUCCCGGGAGCAAGGGCCUCGGCGCGGGGCACUGUGGGAGGUGGACACCACUCCGGGGCGGGUAGGCACCCAGGAUGGAGCCCCCACUUGGCAUGGCGGUGGGGCAGGAGGAGCAGCAGCUGCUGGAGCAGGCCUUCUUCUCAUGGGCUGAGUUCAGCCGCUUCUUUGACGAGUGGUGCCAGCAGCGGCUGGCUCUCUUCUUCGUCCAGAGCUCCAUGCACCUGACGCGCUGCCACUGGGCCAGGUUGCCCCCACUCUACACACUCAUUGAUGUGCUCAAGUACAGCUAUGUGCGGCUCGUGUGCAAGGAUGUGCGUGCUCCCAGCCGGCCUGCCAUGGGGCACCACGAGGCUGGCUGCCCUGCCUUCAUCAUCAUCAAGCUGAGCCCACUGCGGGACCGCCUCGUGGUGACGGAGUGCCAGCUGACCCACUCGCACCCCGCCUGCCCCAUCGAGUUCGCCUACUACUUCCGUCCGGGCCGCCUGCUGGCCAACACCUGCCUGCCAGUGCGCACGACCAAUAAGAUCUCCAAGCAGUUCCUGGCCCCCGCCGACGUGCACCGCCUGCUCUCCUACUGCAAGGACCGUGACCACGGCGUCAUCGACACCCUGCGGGUGCUGGAGGGGCUCUUCCACACCGACCCUGAGGCCAAGGUGAAGCUGGUGUUCAUGGAGAACCAGGCGGUGGUGGAGACCGUGUUCUUCCUGACGUCGCGCACUCGGGCGCUGCUGCAGCGCUUCCCGCACAUGCUCCUGGUGGACCGGCUACCGGGGCUGCAGGGCGCGCUGGACCUGCUAGUGGUGCUGUUGGUGGAUGGCCUGGGCCGCGCGCGCCAGGCCGCCUGCUGCGUGGCGCGCCCAGGGACGCCGAGCCUACUGCGCUUCGCGCUGGCCUCGCUGCUCCAGAGCGCGCCCGACGUCAAGGGCCGCGUGCGCUGCUUGACUGCGGGGCCCGAGGUGACAGCGCAGCUGCCCGCCGUGCGCCAGUUGCUGCCCGGCGCGCGGGUGCAGAUCUGCCUCGUGCAGGGCCUCGAGACGGUCUUCAGCAAGGCGCAGGAGCUGGGCGGUGUGGGCCGCGAGGACCCCGGCCUCUGGCCGCGCCUGUGUCGCCUGGCUGGUGCCUCGUCCCCCGCCGCCUACGCCGAGGCGCUGGCGGAGCUGCGUGCCCACGGCCCGGCCGCCUUCGUCGACUACUUCGAGCACGACUGGGCCCGCCGCCGCGACAUGUGGGUGCGCUUCCGCGCCUGUGAGGCGACCCGCGACCUGGACGCGGGCGCCCUGGUGCGCGGCCACCGCCGGCGCCUGCUGCGCCGCCUCAGUCCCUCGCGCAGCAUGGCGCAGUGCCUUCGCGACCUGGUGGCCAUGCAGUGGGCUGAUGCGUCCAGAGAGGUGGUGCCCGAUGGCCCCGACAGCGGGGAGCCUAGGCUGGAGGGCGAGCCGGGGAGGGGAGCCCAGGUGGAGAAUGAGAGGAUGAAGGGCCUGGAGAACGCGGGCUGGGGAGGGGCCCCGAAUGAAAGAAGUAUUUGGAGAGGCUUCUGGCUGCACAAGGAGUGGGCCAGAGAACUGGAGGCCAGAGACUGGGGAGAGGCUCAGCUGGAAAGUGAGAAGGGAAGAGGGUUGCAAAUCCGAUAUUGGAGAGCGGUCCAGUUGGAUAACCAGAAGGUGAGAAGGCUAGAAGGGAGUGUCUGGAGAGGGUCCCAGUUGGAGAACCAGGGGCUGAUAAGAUUGAAGGGGUAUACCUGGAGGAUGGCUCAUUUGGAGGAUGGGAGGAUUAGGGUUCUGGAGACCAUGGAGCAGAGAAGGACCCAGUUUGAUUACGAAGGGGCCAGGAGUCUUGAAGGGAGCACCUGCAGGGGUGCCCAGUUGCACAGUGAGAGGACCAAUGGACUGAAAACCAGAGACUGCAAGGGGCCUCAGAUGGAGGCAGAGAAGGGAGGCGAGCUGGAGGUCAGCAACUGGAGGGGGGUCUAUUUGGAGAGGUCCCUCGAGUUGGCCCCUGAGAACGGAGACCAAAAGGGUCCCCAGUGGGGAGAUGAGAGGCAGAGAGAGCAAGAAAUUAGAGAAGAGAGAGGAGUAGUGAGAUUGGGCGUCAAAAGAAGAAGGGACCUGGAAGACAUAGUUCUGGUCCAGCUAGGGGACACAUGGGUGAUGGGCCUGGAGAAUGGAGAUGGAGAUGGAGCCGGGUCUGGGGGCCCCAAGAGUAGGCAAGGAAGGGAGUGUGUGGAUAUAGGAGGGAGGUAUCUAGGGCUGGGGAAUAGAGUUAUGUGUGGCACCCCUGUUGGAACUGUGUUUGAGGAUGAUCCAGAAUGGGCAGUAACAAGGAGAGUCUACCUGGCUACAGGGGACAGCCUGCAGGAAGGAGGUGAAAGAGAAUACCCACGGGAAUCAAAGAGGCCUUGCUGCCCCUUGGGAGAGAAGGAGAUGGACUGGGAGCCCCUGGCCAAAUUCCGAGCAGCCUGCGGGCCAGAGCUGGCAGAUCUGGUGGCCGAGGAGCUGGCCUUUGCCAGGCAGCAUGGGACCCGGGGUUUCCACAUGACAGGAGCUGGCUUUGCCCUGAAGGAUGGCACCUCAGACUUCUUCCUGGACGGGGCCCUGACACACUGCAGCUGCUCCAUCCAUGCUGCCCGGCAUCUGCCCUGCCACCACCUCUUCGCCGCGCGCCUCCUCACUGGGGCAGCCUUAUUCCACGUGGACCUGCUCAGGGACUGCUGGGGGAGAGCCCCGGAGUCCUGACCCUCAGGCCCCUGCCUGCCACCCUCCACUGUGGAGGGGCAUUCUUUGAUCCCAAAGAUAAUAGGGCUGAAGCCAAGGAGGCCACCCCAGUUUCUCUGGCCACCUCCUGGGUCACCCGUGGACCUCAUCUUGGCAGUUUGCCACUCUGGGUCCUAGGGGAAGUUGACAGUGGUCUCUGAGGUCCUGAAGCCACAGGUGUGGAAGAUGGCAGUGGCCAGGGUGGAUUCUGAGGGCUUCUUGAAUAUGAGGAAGAGGUACCACAGACAGGGUCAGGCUGGGGCAGAAGGAGGAAAGGGACAAACUGAGGGAGGGGAGGACACCAGACCGUGGGGAGGGCCUGACAGGAGUAGACUGGUCAAGUCUAGGGAGUGCAGAGGGUGAAGGGAAAAAGCAAGGAAGAAAGUAAGGACAAAUGAAGGAGAGGUAAGCAUGGGAAAGACAAAGAGGAAAUAGAAAUGGAGGAGAAGAGGCAAAAAUGGAGACGAAAUGGGGAGAAGCAGAGAGAGGCAGGAGAGGAGAGGGGGUUGGGAGGAAGGAAGAAGGAGACACAACAAAG